UUCAUUUUCCGAGCUGAGAAAAUUUCAUUUUCCGUCUUUCCAAACACUCAAAUCGAAAGCUUCAUUUUCCACUUUCUGUUCAAAGCUGCGUAUUCAGUUUUCGUCGUUUCGGAAUUGCUGGUAAAAUGUACUGAAGAGUGGUUCUGCAAAAGUGUUUAGUUUUGGUAGAUAUCAUGGAUGUAGUUUUUAGCUUACCUCAGUCAAAAAUGUUAUUGGAUGGUUUUGAUUCUUGCAUUGUGUUUGGAGGGAGAGGUUUUGGUUGUGCUUUUCUUGGAAACUCUGGGACUAUUUUGAAAGCUCGUUUUAGUGGGAUGAACAAGAUUGGUAGUAUGAGAAAUGCAGGAGUGGUUUGUGUAGGAGAGUUCAAGGUUUCAAAUGUGAAGAGGAGUUUGUCUUGUAAGAAUAAUAGCCUUUUUAGGAAGAAUAGGACAAUUUGGUCAAAGUGUCAGGGUAAUGAUUCCUUAGCAUAUGUCAAUGGCAAUGGCCGGAAUGUUGGUAAUGUGAAAGGUACGGAUGAUGCUGAAUUGAGUAAACCAUUAGCACGAGAAGAAGAAGAAGGGCAAGGAGGGAGAAAAGAAGUUGGGGGUGAAGUAGAAGUAGAGGUACGAAGUGUGGAUGAAUUGAAGGAACAGUUGCAAAAAGCCUUGAAAGAACUAGAAGAUGCUAGAGUAAAUAGUACCAUGUUUGAGGAAAAGGUUAAAAAGAUAUCAGAGAUUGCGAUUUUGUUGCAGGAUGAAGCAACAAGUGCUUGGAAUGAUGUUAAUUCUACCCUUGAUUUCGUCCAAGAAAUUGUGAGUGAGGAAUCUGUUGCCAAAGAAGUUGUUCAAAAAGCAACAAUGGCUCUUUCUUUAGCUGAGGCAAGGCUUCAAGUAGCCGUCGAAUCUUUGGAGGUUGCAAAAGGAGUUUACAAUUCUCCGCAAGGUUCUAACAAGAGUAAAGGUGAUAAAGAUAUAAUGCAAGAGGAAAAAACACUUUUGUUUGCUCAGGAAGAUAUCAGGGAAUGUCAGAUUAAUUUGACCAAUUGUGAGGCUGAGCUGAGGUGCUUACAAAGUAGAAAGGAGGAUUUGCAGAAUGAAGUGAAAAAGUUGCAUGAAAUUGCAGAAAAGGCACAGCUGAAUGCAGUGAAAGCGGAGGGGGAUGUCACAAACAUAAUGCUUUUAGCAGAGCAAGCUGUUGCCUUUGAGCUUGAAGCUGCACAGCGUGUGAAUGAUGCAGAGAUUGUAUUACUGAGAGCAGACAAGUCUGUCUCUAGUUUUGAUGCUGAUACCAUAGACACUUUACAAGUGCAAGAUGUUGUGUCUGUUCCUGAGGAGGAGAAAAUGGUUCAACCUUUUUCUGGUGAUGAUGCUGUUGAAAGAGAGAAAGAUUUCUUAACUGAUGAUGAAUCUUUGCUUGCCAUGAGAUCACCAGAGACACUAUCUGAUAAAACCAGCCAAAUUUUGGAAGACAUAACACAGUCUGAUUAUCUGAGUGAUCAUGAGAAUGGACAAUUAAGCUUAGACUCUUCUAAGAAAGCUGAUGUCGAAGUAGAGAAGGCAAAGAAUGUCGUUCAAACCAAAAAACAGGAAACACAGAAAGAUUUGACCAGAGAUAAUUCACCAUUUGCUCCAAAGGCAUUGUUGAAGAAGUCUUCCCGGUUUUUUCCUGCAUCAUUCUUUUCUUUUAAUGUGGAUGAGGCUGAUUAUACACCGGCAUCUGUUUUCCAUGGUCUUGUGGAGUCUGCACAGAAGCAGUUACCCAAGCUGGUUGUUGGGUUAUUGUUAAUUGGAGCGGGGGUUACAUUCUACGCUAAUAGAGCAGAGAGGAGUGCUCAGCUGCUUCAGCAGCCAGAAGUCAUUGCAACAACUGUUGAAGAAGUUUCCUCAAGUGCAAAGCCUCUGGUUAGACAACUUCAGAAACUCCCCAUGAGAAUUAAGAAAAUUAUUGCGUCAUUACCUGAUCAAGAGGUGAAUGAGGAGGAAGCCUCACUCUUUGACAUGCUCUGGUUAUUACUUGCAAGUGUUAUAUUUGUGCCAAUAUUUCAAAAAAUUCCUGGAGGCAGUCCUGUUCUUGGGUACUUGGCGGCUGGUAUCUUGAUUGGGCCUUAUGGUCUCUCCAUCAUUCGUCAUGUUCAUGGGACAAAAGCAAUAGCUGAAUUUGGAGUUGUUUUCCUGUUAUUCAAUAUUGGCCUGGAGCUCUCUGUUGAAAGGCUUAGUUCAAUGAAGAAAUAUGUCUUUGGAUUAGGAUCUGCUCAGGUUUUGGUGACUGCUGUUGUUGUUGGCUUGGUGGCUCAUUAUGUUUGUGGCCAAGCUGGUCCUGCUGCUAUUGUCAUUGGGAAUGGCCUGGCAUUAUCAUCAACUGCUGUUGUUCUGCAGGUGUUACACGAGAGAGGUGAGAGCACAUCACGGCAUGGACGGGCUACAUUUUCCGUUUUACUUUUUCAGGAUUUGGCUGUUGUGGUCUUGCUAAUACUCAUACCUCUUAUUUCUCCUAAUUCUUCCAAAGGAGGGGUUGGUUUUCAAGCCAUUGCUGAAGCUCUUGGUCUGGCUGCUGUUAAGGCUGCAGUUGCCAUCACUGCCAUAAUUGCUGGUGGACGACUGCUCCUUCGACCCAUAUAUAAGCAGAUUGCAGAAAAUCAAAAUGCAGAAAUAUUUUCCGCCAAUACACUCUUUGUUAUUCUUGGAACUAGCCUUCUCACAGCCAGGGCAGGACUUUCCAUGGCAUUGGGAGCAUUUUUGGCAGGUUUACUACUGGCAGAAACUGAAUUUUCCUUGCAGGUUGAAUCUGAUAUUGCUCCAUAUCGUGGCCUUCUAUUGGGUCUAUUCUUUAUGACGGUUGGAAUGUCUAUUGAUCCAAAGCUUCUUGUUUCAAACUUUCCGGUCAUUGCAGGGACACUGGGACUCUUAAUAUGUGGCAAGACUCUCUUGGUUUCUUUGAUUGGCAGAAUUUUUGGUAUUUCACUCAUUUCUGCCGUAAGAGUUGGUCUUCUUCUUGCUCCUGGGGGAGAAUUUGCAUUUGUGGCUUUUGGUGAAGCUGUUAAUCAGGGCAUAAUGUCUUCCCAAAUGUCCUCUUUGCUGUUUCUUGUUGUGGGAAUUUCAAUGGCCCUCACACCAUGGCUAGCUGAAGGAGGCCAGCUGAUUGCUUCCCGUUUUGAGCUGCAUGAUGUUCGAAAUUUAUUACCUGUAGAAAGUGAGACAGAUGAUCUGCAAGGUCAUAUCAUUAUUUGUGGAUUUGGGCGAGUUGGCCAGAUUAUUGCACAACUUCUUUCUGAGCGACUUAUUCCUUUUGUUGCACUAGACGUGAGAAGUGAUAGAGUGGCAAUUGGGCGUUCCAUGGAUCUCCCCGUGUACUUUGGAGAUGCUGGUAGUCGAGAGGUCCUACACAAGGUUGGAGCCGAAAGGGCAAGUGCUGCAGCAGUAACUCUAGAUUCCCCUGGUGCAAAUUAUAGAACAGUUUGGGCUCUGAGCAAGCACUUUCCAAAUGUGAAGACCUUUGUUCGUGCUCACGAUGUUGAUCAUGGAUUGAAUUUAGAAAAGGCUGGAGCUACUGCUGUUGUCCCAGAGACCUUGGAACCAAGUCUUCAACUAGCAGCUGCAGUGCUUGCUCAGGCUAAACUUCCUGCAUCAGAGAUUGCAGCAGCUAUAAAUGAAUUCAGAUCCCGCCAUCUAUCUGAGCUCACAGAACUGUGUGAAACGAGUGGAAGUUCUCUUGGAUAUGGAUAUAACAGAAUUAUGAGUAAACCCAAAUCUCAAUCCCCAGAUUCAUUAGAUGAGACCCAAUUCUCUGAUGGGACACUGGCGGCAUGAAGAUUGUCCCAUAUGUACAAA